CCAAUAGUAUUCCUUGGUUAUAAAAUAGACUCAAUAAUCGAGAAGUGUAUUUGUGGCAAACCUUCUGAGAAAAUGACUACGUACACAGAUAAAGGACCCAAGCCGGAGUCCGGUAGAUUUGUUUCCUUUGAUCAUGUUACCUUUUGGGUUGGUAAUGCCAAACAGGCAGCAUCUUAUUACUGCACUCGUAUGGGAUUUGAAUCACUGGCAUAUAAAGGUCUUGAAACAGGUAGUCGUAAAAUAGCAGCACAUGUUGUCAGACAAAACAAGAUUAUCUAUGUAUUUGCGAGCAUGUUGGAACCUUUUCAACCAGAAGAUUUUGGACAACACCUGCUGAAACAUGGUGAUGCAGCUAAAGAUGUCGCUUUUGAAGUUGUUGAUUUAGAUGCCAUCUUUAAGAGAGCUGUAGAGAGGGGUGCUGUUGUAGUAAAUGAACCAUAUGAAGAAACCGAUGAAAAUGGAACUGUUCGCAUGGCAACCAUUAAAACUUAUGGUGAUACAACUCACACAUUUGUUGAUAGAUCAAAUUAUAAAGGAGUGUUUCUACCUGGUUUUAAAAUUUUACAAGAUAAAGAUCCGUUAUUAACUAAACUACCAGAGAUUGGACUACAAGCUAUAGAUCAUCUGGUAGGGAAUCAGCCUAAUGAUGCUCUGGUUAGUGCUGUGGAAUGGUAUGAGAAGAAUUUAAUGUUUCAUAGAUUCUGGUCGGUUGAUGAUAGUCAGAUACACACAGAAUUUUCUUCUCUUAGAUCUAUUGUUGUCACUAACUAUGAAGAAACAAUUAAAUUGCCAAUUAAUGAACCAGCUAAUGGAAAGAGAAAGAGUCAAAUUCAGGAAUACUGUGAUUAUAAUGGUGGUGCAGGUGUCCAGCAUAUCGCCAUGAGAACCAACGACAUAAUAACAUCUAUAAUCAAUCUUAAAGCUAGAGGAAUGAAAUUUCUGGAAAUUCCUGCCACUUAUUAUAAAAAUCUACGAAAUCAAUUAAAGAAUUCAAAAGUAGAAGUCAAGGAAAAUCUUGAUGAGAUACAAAGACUUCAUAUACUAGUGGAUUUUGAUGAUAAUGGUUAUUUACUACAAAUAUUUACUAAACCUAUGCAAGAUCGACCAACUUUAUUCCUGGAAGUCAUACAGAGGAACAACCAUCAGGGAUUUGGUGCUGGGAAUUUUAAAUCUCUGUUUGAAGCUAUAGAAGCAGACCAAGCUGAUCGAGGCAAUCUGUAAAUUAUUCCAGCCAUGUGAUUUCUAGUUGUUAACGAGAAGAUGAGAAAAUGAAGCCUAACAGAUUUACAUAAUUUUUAUAGAUAUUAACUUCAUAGAUUUUUAACUUCUUUACAAUGAAAAUGAUGCAAUUACAAGGAAUCGAAGGAAUUUUUGCACAAGGUAUUUUUACGAUUACCGAUGGCAAAAUAAUAUAGAAUAACAUUUUACUUUCUAUAUAACAACAUAAUAUACAUGUAGCUACCAUCUUUUCAAGAAUAUUAAAGAUAGAAACAAUGUAAUUUGAUAUUUUAGAAGUUUCAUGAAAGAGAGAAUUAUUGUUAAACCAAGAAUUUAUUCAAGAAUGACAGAAUAAUUGAAAAUACUGUUACAAAAUACCAUCUUUUCAAGAAUAUUAAAAAUAGAAACAAUGUGAUUUGAUAUUUUAGAAGUUUCAUGAAAGAGAGAAUUAUUGUUAAACCAAGAAUUUAUUCAAGAAUGACAGAAUAAUUGAAAAUACUGUUACAAAAUAUCAAAAAUUUUGUGCCUUCUUAUUUUUUUUUUUUCAUAUUCAUUCAAUGUUGAUUCAGGUCCUGUAUUAUAUUUCAAAUAACUCAUGAAAAUUAUUUUAAAAUGUUUGUGGAUAAAGUAAUUUCCAGUACUUAUUAAUAAUAGGCUGUGUACUGAGGUGGAUGUACGUUGUACCCGUGGGUGUCUAGGUAAUGUGUAGCCUCGCAUAAAUAUUGCUUUAUCUUACAUAAUGUCUCAACAAAAAUUUUAUUUAAGAUAAAACAAUAUUUCUAGUGUUAGUCUAUACAUUAACUAGACAGGUGGGUACACAGUCUAUAAUUUUUGAUAUUAAUAAUUCUUAAGAAGUGCAUCUAUUUUGUAUUUUCGGUACCAAUUAAGAUUAGUAGUGAAAUUACUUUCUUUCUUGUUCUAUUUGCCUUUACAAAAUACAUGUAAAUAUUGGUCAAGUCCCAGCUGUUCCAGGCAAUGUUUUACAUUUUGUGCAUUUACCAUAGAAAUAGGAAAAUUUGCAAAAUAUAGAAAAUUUUGACAAAAUUCAGCUCUUGAAAAUAACUUAAUAAAUAUGUCAAUGUUGUCAUUUUAUAAACAAAAAGCAUUAGAGAAGGUAAAUCCGAAAAUUAAAACCAUAUUUUCAAACUGUUAUUAGAAUUUCAAUGAAAUGUUUAUUACCAGUAUAUGGAAAGCCUGGUGUCUUGGAAUUACAUCAUUUCCAUAGUUAUUCACCCUGGGACUACUGGAACUUGACCAAUGAAAAUUGCCAGUAUCUGAUAUGAAUACUUACUUGUAAUAUUUAUGUAGUGAAUUGUGUUACAUAUAUGUUAAUUGUCAGGGUCCAAUCUUAUGUCGUGUAUAUAAAUUACAUCUGCUUGUAAGUCUACCGAACAUAUACAGAGGUGUCUGGGACUGUAAUAUAUUAAUGAGAGUGAUGCACAGUUUGGCUAAAAUUUAUCAUGUAAUGUCUGAAAAUUAUACUAAUUCCCAAAAAAGGGCUCUAAUUUAAAAAAAUAUAUCCUGAGAUAUAUUUUUGUGAAUAAAGUGGGUUAAUUCAGUGUGAAAAACUCUUAGAAAUGAUUAUCUUAGUGUUGUGAAUCACUCUGAUACUUUUCGAGUAACCAGUGUGUGGUUUGCUUGAUAAUGAAUGCCUGGAUAACCAAAUCGUACUUGUCAAAGUUUUAUUAGUAAAUGGUUGUCACUAUUAUCAAGACCAUUCCUACUGUAGAUACUUACUCCAGUAAGUAAAUCUAGUAAUUGCAAUCUGGGACUGCUCUUGAACUUACAGACUUAACAUACAGGAAUAUUGGAAAGCAGGGAUAAACCAAGAAAAAGAGGUGACUUUGGGGGAGGGGGGGGGUAGACCCCAGCACCUCAGCUCUGCAUAUAUCAUGAAGAACAGUAGAACUUAUCAGUACAUGUAAUUUAUAUAUAAUACCAUGAAACGGGAUCCAGUACAGGUGAAAUAUAGAUCUGCUUUAUAUGUUACGUAUAUAUAUUGAUGUUGAUUAUUUUAUGUACAGUGUGUGUACUGCUUCAGUACCGACUGUGGCCCACAAGGCAGCUGAUGUUUAAGGUGUAGAUAAAGUUAUUAUGUAAUGUCAUUUUAUAUCUGUAUGGUUUAUUUAAUGUUUUCAGAUCAACUUUUCUUCGUUCUGAUUAGCUCCGGUGAUUAGGGAUUACCGCUGAUAUAUCAUACUGUAAACCAAGAAAAUAACGCUUGCAUUAUAUUAAAUCUUGGCUUCUAUUAAAUAAACAAUAACAGUCCUCUAAAUUCUAAACAGGAGGUGUUUAUCUCCUUAUAGAUUCAAAUUCAGACAUAUUUAUUUCUUGCCAAAUAGGCUUCUUUUGAAAAGACAGUCAUAGUUAGCAUGUAUAUCAUUCUUGUAUCCUGACUUAGAUUCUUCCACUUGCUAACACCGAACCAAGAGCUGUGAUUGACUGGAUACAAGAAUGCAUGUAUUUCAAAUUAAUUACAUUUCAAAUGGUCUCAACAUGUUUAUAUUACAUGCAUAAUCUUAACCUCACAUAUCUUAUAAAUUUUCCAAAUAACAAAACUCAUUUACAAAUAAAUAGAAAGUAGUAGUUGUAGCUGGUGGUUUAUCUUUUGCUUCCAUAAUAAAUAAAACUAAAUUUAGAACUGUCGCAAAAUGUCAACAUUUGCGUCCAACAAAUAACCUGUGGAUAGAUCAAAUCCACCUGCCCAUUUGUGGCGAUAGAGUAUAAAUAUGUUGAUGUAUUUUCGUUAAUGAUUCAGCAUUUAAUUUAUCAUUUUCUGUCUGCGAUUUCAUUCAACCCACCCACCCAGUUCCACAGUUUAUUCUUUUGGAUGCAAGUGUUGGAAGUUUUACAAUGGUCCCUAAAUUAAAUAGCUGUCAUGAAUUGUAAUCAAAAGAUGGGCUGAGAUUGAAUGAGGGCUGAUGCAAUAUUAAAAGAUUUGUUGGUCAAAGUGUGUUAUAUUUGUUGAUGUGAUUUUUGGUGCAAUUUGCGGUUUUGCUUUUAUCUUAAAUAUUUGUGCAGUAUAUAUAUAGAUGAAUGCUUUUUUGUGCUUAAAUAAAUAUACAUAUGUUUACAGAUUAUUAUAUAUAUUUUUAUUAGAUAAUACAUAUAUUUAUAUAUCUUAUAAAUUAACUCAAAUUUGUAUUACUGUAAUUGAAGUUCAAAGCCAUUUUGUUUGGGUUAAAGGGAAUCCUGGAUUUUUAUUUUUACGUACAAAAAUGUUUCACUACUGAUUUCAUGGUCCACACAACAAUAUGAUAAUAAUGACAGAUAUAUUUCCAUAUUGUAUGAAAUUGGUUUUAAAGUAUCAACUCUUUCAAAAAUUGUCACCUUUAACGGGACACUAAUUUCGCCAGUUAGAUUUGAAAAUGAAAGUAACCUGCUCUUUUAACCAGACACCGAGCCUGAUGCACAUGGACAAAUUGCUUGCGGAAAAGGGCUUCAAUCAGGCAAAUUACAAAAUGAAAUCGGGUUUAAUAUCCUACUUUUCUGCAGCCUAUAAUCGUACAUAUAAUGCAUACAUGUACAUGGUGGUUCUAUUUUUGUGAUGUAAUUUUUUUCUUGACACUUCUGUGAUGUUUGAAAAUAUAGUAUACCAUAAUUUUACUGAAGUGUAAGUAUACCCUAUAAUGUGAAUUUUAUUUGGAAGCCAAAGAGUACUAAUAUUUUCUAAAAUAUUGUAUCAAUAAUAUCUGUAUAUUCUAAAUGUCAAGUAUUAUAUUAACACAGUAUUAACAAAUAAAUAACUGAAUGGAAUUUGUAUGAAAUAUUUUUAUAUUAGAAUGUGUGUGGCAGAAUGGGUAAUGUUGGAUUCUGAAAAUCAGUCAAAUGCCAAUGAUAUCAAGAAUUUUUCAGAAUAACAUGUAAAUGUAUUUUAGGGUAAUUAUUUUAGAAAACUUCUACUGUACUCCUGUUUAUAUGAAAAUUAACAUCAGAUCUAAUUUUUGUAUUUGGAAAAAAAUUAUGACAAGUGCAUAAUUAUGCCUUUUUAAUUUUUGUAUACAAGAUAAAUAGUUGUGUCUAUAUAUACAGUAAUUGGUGAAGGGAUGUAUUUAGUGGAAACCUAUCUUAAGCCUGUAAUUCUAAACAAUAACACAUGGGUUUUAAUGGGGCAGAUUACUUUUGGUGGCAAGAGGGGAUGCUGGGUCUAUCAAAUGUGAGUUCCAACAUAGCCUCACAUUUCAGUCAGAUUUGUCAGUCUACUAAACUGACUGGCAGUGAAAUUGGCUGACCGGGGAACUUAUCUCUUAGUCAAUUUAAGUGCCAUAAAAAUUUAAUUGUAUUUAUUGUAUUUUAAGUUUUCUAGUCAGCCAGCCAGCCACAACUGGCAAUUAUGACUGAAAUGAGAGUCCAACAAUCAGUAAUACUAGUCAUUUCUAUUGAUCACUAGAGAAGUUUGAGUUGGAUUCGGCUAGUAAUGUUAUAUAUAUGGUUAAUGGCUAGUAAGUAAUGUUAUAUAUAAGUUGAAAUGGCUAGUAAGUAAUGUUAUAUAUAAGUUGAAAUGGCUAGUAAUGUUAAAUGUGUAGAUACGAGGUGGACAUGACCAAUAAUGUUAGAUAUAAGGAGAAACUGCUAGUAAUGUUAGAUAUAUGGUGAAUUGCUAGUAUUGUUAGAUAUAAGGGGAGUUGCCAGUAAUGUUAGAUAUAAGGUGGAAUUGCUAGUAAUGUUUGAUAUACGGUCAAAUGGCUAUUGUAACAUGCUUAAGGGGGAAUCUUGCGUUUUGAUUGGUCAAUUGGCUAAUAACACCCCUCCGUUUUAGUAAUUUCUUUUAAAAUGCUAAAAUAGCAUGUUACAAUGUUGAUAAACACUUCCUGUUUCGCAUUUAGAGGGGUGUUAUUGUCCAAUAGACAUGUCCUGAGAUUUUACAUUAGAACGCGUCUUGGGUCCUAAUGAUCUCAGGGCAUGUCUAUUGGACAAUAACACCCCUCUAAAUGUGAAACAGGAAGUGUUUAUCUCCUAAGUAAUGUUAGAUAUAAGGUGAGAUUGCUAGUAAUGUUAGAUACUAGAUAAAUUGCUGGUAAUGUUAAGUUAUCUAUAAGGUGCUAGUUCAUGGUUAUCAGAUGGCCUGACUUGGAUAUGUAUUUUUAACAGAAAUAAAAUCCAAUACUGUUAAA